AUGGAAAGCAAGCGAGUCGUCCUAAUCACUGGGUGCUCGCAAGGAUCAAUCGGAGAUGCACUCGCACAAGCCUUCCAUAGAAGGAACAGGACUCGAGUCUUCGCCACAGCGCGGAACCCGUCGAAGAUCGCACACUUCGCCGCCCUGGGCAUCGAGACUCUCCAGCUCGACGUGGAAGACGAAGGCUCAAUUCGCACUUGCGUGAAAGAGGUGGAAAUAUUGACAGGAGGCGUCCUCGACCUGUUGAUCAACAACAGUGGCGUGGGAUAUAACAUGCCGCUUGCGGAUGUUGAUAUUGCUAUUGCACAAUCGGUAUUCAAUCUUAACGUCUUCUCCGUGCUAGCUGUCACGAAUGCUUUUCUGCCGCUUCUCUUGAGAUCAGCGGCUUCCGGCCGCGACCCUGUCAUCGCGAAUCAGGUGUCCAUCAGCGCCGCGACGCCGGUGCCGUGGAUUGGAAUUUAUGGUGCGUCUAAGGCUGCACUUGCACAUCUUACCGACACCAUGAGGGUGGAGAUGUCAUGCUUUGGUGUUCAUGUCGUCAAUCUCAUGACUGGAAUGGUAGCCACCAACUUUGGCAGCAAUACCAAAAAGGCCGAACAAGGCGAGGAGGCCACUUUGCCAACAAACAGUAUCUGGACUCCAGCUCGCGCUGUGGUCGAGAGAUGCCUUGCUGGAGAGGCGUUCACCCAGACAGCAAUGCCGGUAGACCAGUAUGCAGAGGCCGUGGUAAAGGCGAUUGUGGAGAAACCUGGGAACCCCCCGGUGAGGAUCUGGAAGGGUGCUUCUGCUUUCUUGGUGUGGUUUGCGCGCAGGUUCAUGCCGUUCACGUUCCUCGAUAGCACAGUAAGGAAGAUGGGAAAGUUGGACGAAGUCGCUAGAUUGGUGAAAAUCGCAAAUUCACGCUGA